AUGCCCCGCCUUGCAUUAAUUAUCUCGGUCCUCGCGGCCGCCGCCGACGCCGCAGUCUACGGGCUCGAAGAAGACCUCCCCGACGCCGCCGCUGCGCCGAAGGACUACAAAUUACCCGAGAAGGUCCGCCACAUGGAUGGUCCCCCGCCUGGAAUCGACCUGUCGUCGUUGAGCGUCAAACCGAACAUCAUCAAGCAACCGGCGAUGCCGAAGAUCAACCGCAACGACGGCCUCGGCGACGACGACCCGCUGCCGCCGCUCGAUAAAUGCGACGCGUGUUUCGUCUUGUGGCGAUCAAUGGAGGGCGUGCUCGAGGCCGAGCCGAAGAUGGACAAGGACCGAACCGACGUAUUGGCGGGCGGGCGGCUCGACUCGCGUGGGGCGCAGACGGGUACGAAGCACAGCUACGCGACCUCCGAGGUCCGCGCGGCACGCCUCGUCGAGCGCGUCUGCGAGUUCGUCAACGUUUUUAGGUACAACGCCCAGGGGGCGUACUGGGUGAGGGACAAAGCUCUCGUCGCCGCCUUCGAGGCCGGCAAGGCAUUGCCGAAGCCUCGUCAACUGGGCCGCCUGCCGACGGACGAGCUGCGCGUGAGCCUCGUCAACUACUGUUCUACAACCGUCGAGGACCACGAGGACGAAAUCAUGGCGCUUUUGCUCGCCGGCGGGUUGGGCGACGCGGGCCGGGCGGCGUUCUGCUCCGGAACGCGCAAGGACUGCCGCGGCGACGCCGUGGAGGCGGCGGCGAAGCGGCAAGGCAUCGCAGAUAUCCUGGCGGGUAUCAACGACGAGCCGCCCGCCGCGCCCGCGAAGAAGAAGAGACGACGGAAGAAGAAAAAGAAGCCUGUGGCCGCGGAGCUGUAGGGGGGGAUAUACGCGCAUGCGUAA